CGUAACCCGGAAACAAACUAAUGUUAUGCUAGGUGCUAAUGUGUUGACGUAAACAACAUAGUAGACGCGUCUUAGUGUUUAAUGGCUAUAUAUGCAAAUAUUUUUCUUACGCUAAUAAAAGAAAGCGAUAUCGUGUGAAGGGUGUCAACACGACAGCGGGGAGUUUAAGCGCAAUCCUAGACUGCGUUGCUCUUCUCCAAGAAGACUUUAGCCCCCCACAUCAGGCUAACUGGAAAUAUUUCUGUCAAAUUGGGUCCAGGUAGGACGGAGACGACAUGUCCUGCUGUUUGUUGGAGUUUUGUCGUCUCCAAGAGCUCAAGACAGUGAGAGACUAUUUGUUCCACGGUCAGAGUCAGCCAGUGGAGAAGAAUCAAACAGCUCAAAGUGAUCUAUCGUGGGACACGGAUGACUGGGAAACAGCCUGGGAAAGUGGCAUCAACAAAGAGCAAGAAGCUACAUCGUCCACAUUGGUGGAGGAAAGCACAGAGUUAAGUGCACGGUGGCUGCAGGACUGUGUGGUUUCCCUGUCUCCCUGCUCAGAUCUGCUUGUGGUGGCUCAUGAACAAAAGGCUGUUUUUCUCUCAGCCAAGUGGCGAACAGAUGAUGGUGGCAGAGAAGAGAUGACCCUGGCUGUGUCUUGGAGUGGAGUACUCAGCACUGAAGAAGGAGAGCGUGUGAGCAGCACCAUCUGUAUACCACUGGCAAGCCAGAAAAGGAGUUCUACCGGGAGACCGGAUUGGACAUGUGUGGUUGUGGGUUUCACUUCUGGCUACGUCCGCUUCUACACAGAGAACGGGGUUUUGCUCCUGGCUCAACUGCUUCACGAGGACCAAGUUUUAAGGCUAAAGUGUCGCACCUACGAGAUCCCUCGCCAUCCCGGUGUAACUGAGCAGCAUGAAGAGUUAAGCAUCCUCUACCCUGCUGCACUGGUCACCAUCGAUGGUUUCAGCCUCUUCCAGUCACUGCGUGCUUGCAGGAACCAGGUGGCAAGAGCGGCAGCUGCUGGUAGUGAUGCAAUUCAACCUCCUCCCCUGGCUUAUAAGAAAUGGGGUCUCCAGGAUAUGGACAGUAAUGUAGACCACUGCAGUGUGGGUGUCAUGACACUCAAUGUGUUUGAUCAGAUGAAGAAUGCCUCUAUUUUGGGGGGGUUCAAUGCUUCAAUCAAAGGCAGCCCUCCAGCCAUGAGCCAGUACGUCACAGUAGGAAGCGGCCCCUACGUUGGCUUUUACUAUGCGGUCGAGGGAAGCACCCAGCCUCUUCUUUCUCAUGUGGCUCUCGCUGUGGCCAGUAAACUUACAUCAGCCCUAUUCAGUGCUGCCAGUGGUUGGCUAGGAUGGAACAAGAACAAGAACAAGAAUGAAGAUGAGACUGUCCAGAAACACAAGCCCAAGGUUGAACCUGCAACACCACUGGGGAUCAGAUUUGGUCUCCCAGACUCUCGCCGCCAUGGCGAGUCCAUUUGCCUAUCACCUUGCAACACGCUAGCCGGAGCGACGGACGACUUUGGUCGAGUCACUCUGCUGGACCUAAACAGAGGGAUUGCAAUUCGCAUGUGGAAAGGUUAUAGAGAUGCCCAAUUGGGUUGGCUGCAUGUUCCAGAGGAGCAAGUCAGUCGGGAAGGUUCCCUCUCAACGUCGCUCCCCAGACGCCAUGCACUAUUUCUGGUUAUUUACGCCCCCCGCAGGGGAAUCCUGGAGGUAUGGGCCAUGCAGUACGGACCUCGAGUGGGCGCAUUUACUGUGGGCAAACACUGCAGGCUGCUGUACGCCGGUUACCGUCUGUUAGGGGUGAACAGUGUAACCAGUCAGGGUUGGAAGAUCCACACCCAUCAAGUGUGUUUGCUGGAUCCCGUCACAGAAGCCCUGAGGACUGUCAAUGUUCCCUUCCACCUGGCCCUCGGUGACAAGAAGAGUGAAGGAGCCAAAGAUAUGCAUUUGUUAAAGAAACUGACAACAAUACUCAAGAGCGGAGAAAUGGAGCCUGAUAUUUUGGAGAGUGAGACCAAAAGCCUGUUGCUGGAUAUCAAACAUUCCUCCGUUCAAAAACAGGCUUUAGAGUCUUUGCUGUCCAACAAGAACAUUCCUGUUUCAUGUCUCACAAACAUCACGCGCGCCUUACUCAGCACUCUGCAGCAGCAAGCCGGCGAAGAAGUGGAUCCAGCGUUAAUGCAGCUGUGCUCCUCCCAGCUCAAACUGCUUCAGCUUUACACCGACAUCCAGCACAUGAACUCUUCUGCCGACACCGAGCAGCAUGAUGAACCUCUGGACUCCCUCGGUGGAAUUGAGAGUGAUUUGGCACGUGUGACUCCCACCUUGCAACGCUACGCCAAGUUCAACUCCAGGCCCAGCGUUUGUUUUGUUCAAGACGCACCCGACGCACCUCUGACUGCCCAAGCCUUCCUAUCGCAGAUUGAAUGCACAGACGAUGGCCACUUGAAGCUUAUCCAGUGUUCCGAAGCAGAAUGGAAGCAGCUAGGGAGCUUCAUCUUCUGGGCUUGUCUAUGUGGUAAAAGCUCGAUACAUCAAAUCUGUGACAAAUUGCAACGGGCUGGCAUCAGUCCACAGCAGCUACUAUCUCUGUUGUUGAAUGUCUGGUUGCAACGGGAAAAGGAUGUGCUCCAAACCCCGACAGAAUGUCUGAGAAAUCUUCACGCGCUUCUGGUUCUGCUUAGCAACAUGGAAGGUUCCAUCGAAGAGUCAUGGGACCCCCAGUCUGUCUCACCUUGGUGGCAGCAGUGCCGUAACACGUUGGCACAAACGCACAACUCCGCAGCCGCUCUGCUGGCUGCUUUUGUCGCUCAUCGUGCCGCUAAGGCUAGCAUCACCAGCAGGGCGGACAGCAAGUUACAGUCCGAGUGGGAAGCAGUGUCUUUGGAGCUGGAGCAAUGGGUGGUGUGUGUUCGUCAGCUGGAGGAUGUACUGGUGCUGCAGACGCUACUCUUAGCGCCGCCGAGUGUUGGAUCAGCAGGAGGCCCUGCGUUGCUGUGUUCCAUCAAAACACUCCUGGAGGGAGGCUCAGGUGGCAUCACUGACAAUGUCUCCAAGUGGGUGUUCAGACAUAACCUGGCUCCCGAGCAACUAAACGAAAUCCUUCAGAAGCCAGAGGAUGAAGAUGUAGGAGAAGAUGUGAAAGAAAGUCAAGAGAACGCAGAUGGAACAGCAGGGCUGCUGGUGGCACUGCGCAAACACUUUCCUCACUCCCUCUCGCCAAACUUGCUCUUUGCUCAUUGCUGCUGGGAGUAUGUGGUGCAGUGGAACAAAGAUCCAGAGGAGGGUGUCCACUUGUGCCGGGCCAUGGAACAUCUGAAGCUGGUUUCCAGUCCGCAUAUCCAACUAGGUAUUUGCACAAUGAUGUGGAGUACCUUUCUCGUCAAACGUUUCUCCGCAGCAGCCUUCCUCAUCGAGAAGGUGGGCAAAGCGCCCAAAGAUCGCCUUUGCCGACGGGAUGUAGGAAUGGGAGACAAAGCUUUGACCUCCUUUUUGGGAUGCUGCGUCCAGCUGCUGCAGGUCCUCAUGGAGGCGGACUCCGCCGUAGCUGAGGUUCCUCCUCCGGAGCUUUCGUUGGAGGAGGUUUGGUGUGGUGCCGAAGGCCCGGCCUCCAUAGCUGAACUUGCCAUGGAGCAGAAAGGUGUCCACUAUCCCCUGGUGCAGCACCACUGUCUGCUCGCCUCCUUGCUACAUGCCGCCUUGACUUUCAGCCUCAAGGUCAAACCUCUCAGCCUGUUUGACAGCAAGGGUAAGAAUGCUUUCUUUCGAGACCUGACCACCAUUCAGCUAAUGCCAAGUGGAGAUAUGGACCCAGCACUGGUCCUAUCACGGCAGGAGUUCCUUCUACGGGUGCUAACUGCCUGGGUGCAGUCCAUCGACGAUGCGUCCGUGGCCGACGCGAGCGCAGGGUCCCGGACGCCACCCUCGAGCGGCGGGCCCCGGGCCGAGUGGUGGCCCUCGCUUUGUCUGGAGCUGGGCAGGCUGCUGCAGGUCUCCCCCGACCACCUGCGACGACACCUAGUUUGCCAGCUCUACAACCAAGGCCUGGACUCGCACGGGGAAGAGGUGAUGUUAGAGGUGGAAGACAAGGACGUGCUGGGCUCUCAGCUCCUGAUGAUCACAGGACAAAGGCUGAGCUACUCGCUGCUGCGCAGUCAGAACCAAACACAGCCUGCUAUGGAGCUACUAGCCCGCCUGCCUCCCACUCUGUGCACAUGGCUCAAAGCUAUGGACCCCAGUGAGCUGCGGCGCCCCCUGGUGCCCCUCCAUCAGACCAGCAGGCUGGUGGGCCGCGUGAUCGAGAUGCUUCCCGAGAACCAUGGCCAGUACAGCCUGGCACUGCACCUAUUAGAAGCCGUGGACGUCCUUACGGCGGAAGACUGACUCACCCAAUAUUGACCGUUAAAUAGACAAAGGACACCUUAUGAGCUCCUCAAGUAAACAAAGUUCAGUAAACAGGGGUCAUAUUGUCUUUAUUUUCCUUUUUGGUUCAUGAUAUCAAAUGUUGAAUGAUGUUAAUAGAGCUUAACUAUUUGUUUUAAUGUCCCAUAUUUUUGUAUGUAACAAAUGAUGUAUAUGAUACUUGAGUUGGUGAUCCUCAUCUUUAAUCAAGUCUGUUAUUAUGAAGAGAAAGAAGCUCGUUUCAUUGUUUGUGUAUUACUGAUGUGCAUUGCAGUUCUUUUAAGUGAAUUGAAUCUUUAGAAUCAAA